AUGUCGUUUGUCUGGGUGCAGCAGUGGUUUGCCCUGCCCGUGGUUGUGGAAGAUCCAAUGGGCGAUGCGUCAAGCGAGAGCGGCCCUCCGCCCUCUGAGCCUUCCAGAACUGCUCUCCAGCAUGCCGCCUGCCCGCCCGACAAGCCCAGCGCCGACACGCUUCCGGCCGUUGCCGCCACUUCUUUCCAGCCGCACUAUCCGAUCCGCUCGUUAGAGGUCCAGCGGCUCUCUCACCACCACCAGCAUCCCGUCUAUGCCUACAGCAUGCCGCCCGCCCAAGCCCCGGCCCCGGCGCCCUUCAGCAUGGCCGCCAUGAACGCCAUGAACGCUGCGCUUCCCGACUACACUUCGACCAUGCCCGGUCCCGCCCCCGUUCAGUCCCCACACCAGCCGCAGCGCGGCAUCUCGGGUGCUUCUACCUCCGCGGUCGUCUACCAGUUGCAGCAGAUCUCUCAGUAUCCCCAGGCCGCCAUGGGCUACCCGUCGCAGCCAGCCUACGGUCCAAGCUACGGCACUUCCCAGUUCUCGCCUUCCUACCCGUCCUUCGCUCCCACCCAGCAGCGCGCGAUGGCGCAUACUCAAGUGCCUCAACCCUUCAUGCAAUACCCUCAUGCCCAGCCUUACAUGUACUACCCGGGACCCUUUUCCCAGCUGCCGGUGGCCUACGGUACGAACCCCGCCGCCCGAAGGGCGAGCCUACCCACAGCUCACGCGGUGACCGGUGUCGGUUUAGAAAACACCCUCCCUGCAACUGGUCUUAUUUCCAUGGCCGGCGCGGCCGUACCAAACCCAGCUGGUGACCUCGCUACAGCAGUUCAAGGUCAGUCACUGCCCGAAGUUCCAAUUGCCCUAGCUAACAAGCCACCAGCCAACUCGAAAGCUGCGUCGGACUCCGCUCACAAUUCUCUGCCACGCGGUCCACCUCGCAAGCCUCGGCAGUCUGGGCACGCCCUGUGGGUUGGUAAUCUCCCACCAGGCACGACUGUCGUAGACCUCAAGGAUCACUUCUCCCGAGAAGCAAGCAAGGACAUAGAAAGCCUGUUCCUGAUCUCGAAGAGCAAUUGCGCAUUCGUUAAUUACAAGACGGAGGCUUCUUGCACUGCUGCUAUGCACAGAUUUCACGAUUCGCGAUUCCAUGGCGUUCGACUUGUAUGCCGUCUCCGUAGAAGUGCUGCUCCCGCCUCUGGAGUACCUACCGGUCCGUCUGCUAUGUCUGUUCCCCGCCAACGUAGUCAGUCGCCUGAACAGAGCACAUCGCCCUAUCCUCCUAAUCCUGUUGCCUCCGACGGCGAUACGGUUUUCGAAACAGAGGAGAAGGGCGACGUUGAUGGAGAGCCUCGAGAAGAUAGCCCACCUGGCAAGGUUGCAGAGAAGUUCUUUGUCGUGAAGAGUCUCACACUGCAAGACUUGGAGCUCAGUGUUCGUAAUGGUAUCUGGGCGACGCAGUCACACAACGAGGACGCUCUAAACAAAGCUUACGACACUGCCGAGAACGUUUACCUGAUUUUCUCCGCUAACAAAUCAGGCGAAUACUUUGGAUAUGCCCGCAUGGCAUCUUCUAUCAAUGACAACGGCAUUGAUCUAAUACACUCUGUUCCUGAGACCCAAGCUUCAGAAUCAUCAGACACACCAAAGUCGAUACCCACAGCUGCGACGGAAUGGGCACCGAAAGGACGCAUCAUCGACGAUUCCGCACGCGGCACCAUAUUCUGGGAAGCAGACCUUUCCGAGGAUGAAGAGGAAGAGAACAAGCCGGAUGGAUCGGUGCAACCAGUCGAACUAGACGGCACUAACACGCCACAAACCUGGGGCAAGCCGUUUAGGAUUGAAUGGAUUUCAACGAACCGGCUCCCGUUCUACAGGACGAGAGGACUUCGAAAUCCUUGGAAUGCAAACAGAGAAGUGAAAAUAGCAAGAGACGGAACAGAGCUUGAACCAGGCGUCGGAAAGCGUCUCAUCCAGAUGUUCCACCGGCUAGGACCCCCGGCUGCUGGGCCUUCCGCGAUGCCUCUCAUGCAGAUGCCUAGUCAAAUGGGUGGACCGCAGAUGCGGCCUCUCUGA